CGAACGAGAGCUCGCUUGACAGUCGUUUCCGAACGGAGGGAGGGCUGGCUUGACGGCAGUACAGCAGCAUUCAUGUCUGGUUUUAUUCUGGGUGUGGACGUGGGCACCACCUCGGUGAAAGCCGUGCUGUUAGCAGCCGACUCCAGAACUGUGGCUGCGAGUCAGGCUCUACCUACAGCUGCUGAUAUAAGCGACAACAGCGGGAUAAAGGCGAAAGAGCAGGAUGCAGGUCGGAUCAUAGCCGCUCUGAACCGGUGCGUCAGUCAGCUACCGAGAGACAAACUUCAGCAUGUCAGCCGCAUCGGGCUGUCCGGGCAGAUGCACGGAGUUUUGUUCUGGAAGACAAAAAACGUUUGCGACUGGUCCAAUGAGGACUUUUUUACAGCAGGAGACACCAGUCAGCUGAUCACGUGGCAGGACGGGCGAUGCAGCAGAGACUUCCUGUCGACUCUCCCGAAACCAGACUCACACCUGAGUGUUGCCACAGGUUUCGGCUGUGCAACGAUCUUCUGGUACAUGAAGCACAGACCAGAGUUCCUGGAGGAGUUCACGGUGGCCGGUACGAUCCAGGACUAUGUGGUGUCCAUGCUGUGUGGCUUGGAGCGGUGUGUGAUGACACCUCAGAAUGCAGCCAGCUGGGGAUUCUUCAACACUGCAGCCAAUCGGUGGAAUGAUGACAUUCUAAGGGCUGCCGGCUUCCCGUUGCACCUGCUCCCUCGCUGUGUGCCAUCUGGUGACUUGGUGGGUCAAACGCGCUCAGCCUGGCUCGGUGUUCCCGCCGGGACACCAGUAGGGGCUGCCCUGGGAGACUUCCAGUGCUCCGUCUACUCCUGCAUUAGGGCACCAACAGAUGCAGUUCUCAACAUAAGCACCUCAGCCCAGCUGACCUUCUCCAUGCCAGCUGACUUCACACCUUCAGAUUCUGCUCAGCUGGAGCCAUCCAUCUCCUAUUUCCCUUACUUCAACGCCUCGUACUUGGCUGUGGCCGCGACGCUCAACGGAGGAAACGUUCUCGCAACUUUUGUAGAGACUCUGACUUCCUGGAUGGGAGAGCUGGGUGCCGAGUUGGGCGGCUCAUGUCUGUAUGAGAAGCUGAUCCGUUGCGCCCUGAUCCAGGAAACCAGCGACCUGAUGGUGAGUCCCACCCUCCUGGGGGAGCGACAUAACCCGCUGUGCCUGGGUCAGGUGACCAACAUCUCCACCUCCAACCUCUCCCUGGGUCAUGUGUUCCGGGCGCUCUGCCGUGGAGUCAUUAACAACAUCUCCUCCAUGAUGCCAGCAGAGCUUCUGCUGCAGGUGGGGGUCUGCAGAAUUGUAGGGAGCGGGAGCGCUCUGGCUCGCAAUGAGGUGCUCAGGCAGGAAGUGGAGAGGGUGUUCCCCCUGCAGGUGGUGUACGGACACAACGCAGACUCUGCAGUCGGUGCAGCCAUGGUCCUCUGUGAUCGACUUUGAACAGGAUCUUUUGUCUGAACUGAUUCAAAUGUAAUUUUUGCACAAUUCUGAAAGCAGUUUGUCAUACUGAAUCACUUUCAUUAUGAAAUGUAACCAAAAGGGGAAGAACCCAGAGAGUUUGGUUCAAAAUAAAACCAAGAGAAGUGUUUCUGCAGUUUUCACAGCUUUUUGAUGCAUUAAGAGAUAAAUGCAUCGUGUUUCUAGUGAUUCUCUGCAUGAAGCAAACGGCUCAACAGGAGAUCAUGAGAUAGCAGCUUGCUGGAUGAUCUGAAAAUCACUAACAUAUCUGCUGCAAGUAGAAGAGAGACAUUUGGAUGAUGACCCAUAAUGAGAGUUCCUGUUGCUGCGGAUGAAGCUGGUUUUAUCCAGAUGUUUUUGUUACCUGGCUCAGUUUAACCCAACAUGAGUUAUCCUGAUGCACGGAAUCAUUCAACUGUUGCCUUCUCAUGUAAAAGAUUAAAUAAAGUUUUAAUGAAAUUAGUGAAACUAA